CGUUGUUUUGGUCCACGGUUUGAGGUUAGAAUCGCGUUCCGAGUGCAAAGAUGCGAAAAUGUAAAAAUGCGAAAUUCUCAUCAUUUGUGAACUGUUUCCUACGCGAUACGUAUGCUGUUUAAACAAUCUACACUCGCGCCACCGUUGCUGUUGAAAACAUAAGCCGGAAAAGUACAAGGACCUUGGAGAACCGCUACCAACGCUACAGUGCGAAAGGACCCACAAAAACGGAUUCUGUCUUUUCCUUAAGGUUAAGGUUGCUCCCUUUUUCCAUCGAAGCCAGAAGCGCGAUAAGUUUGCGGCUAAAGUUAUAAAUACCAUUCCGUUUUUCCGGUGCCAACUCCGGAACGCACCGUGAAGGGCAUGGCAUAUCUGUCGCGACGCGAGCUGGACGAUGUGCGACCGAGCCUGGAGAAGUUGGUGUAUAAAGUACUCGGGAGUAGCGAUUCCACGGUGUUGUCGUCAAUUGAAACCAACCUUUACAACGGAUUCGAUCGGCGCAAGCUAAUCGACAAACUUUCGUUCUCGAUCGACGGCCGUAAAGCGUCUCGGCUUGGCGAUAAGGUGGAAGAUUUGCUCGAUAACCUUCGAGCUCAAUCGGGAACGGGCGGGGCGGGUGGUGGAGCUGCUGCUUCCGCCGCAACCCCCGCUACCGCGACUGGCUUGAAGAAGCGUCCGCAUGAACCGGAUGGUAAGGAUGCAACGAUCAAGUCCAUCGAUCCGAAGCGGAGUAAGCAGAAAGAGGAUGAAACGGCAAUCGGAGCGCAGGCGAGGCAAUCCGCAUCGAAUGGUAAUGGUACGACCGGUAACAGCGAUCCAUCGGCCACCGGUGUUGCAGCCAACAGUUUCUCCUCGAAUCAGAUCAAAUUAAUGAUGGAAAACGCGCAGCGUGAAAUCGAGGAGCGCAAGCGGAAGCUCGAGAGCAUCAAGGCCGGUAAGGGAACCGCCGUUCCGGCAUCGGCGGUAGCGGCAGCUGUAGCGGUCAGUGCGAAGAUAUCGGCGGCAGCGGCUGCUGCAGCAGCCGCCGCGGCAUCCGCUACUGCAACCGUGCUUGGAACCAGCGGUGCAACGCCAUCGACGUUGCCGGGCGUCACAACGCCCGUUGUUGGACCAGCUGGUGCGGCGGCCGCUACCAUUACCGACGUGGAGCGCUCGAAAAAGAUUGCCCAGCUACAGGAGCAAAUCCGCGCGAAACUGUCCGGUACGCUGGCCAGUGUAUUACCGCCACCGCCAGCACCGGCAGUCCAGGACAAACCGAAACCCUUGAUAUUGGACGCGGAGGGUCGUACGGUGGAUGGCAGCGGACGUGCCGUUAUAGUACCGCAGCUGACACCGACCCUGAAGGCCAACAUUCGGGCAAAGAAACGAGAAACGACCAAAAACCAGCAGGCGGCCGAACGAGCCCAGACCGAGGAAGCGAGCGAAUCCCACUUUCACGAUGACCGUAUCACGCUGAAACCGGCCGUACGGAAUAAGCGGGCCUUACGCUUCCACGAACCCGGCAAGUUCCAGCAGCUGGCCGAACGGAUGCGCAUGAAGGUCCAGCUCGAGAAGCUGCAGAAUGAAAUAUCCCAGAUAGCGCGUAAGACCGGCAUCAGCUCGGCCACCAAGCUGGCACUGAUUGCACCGAAAGCGGACACACACUCGAACGAGGUACCAUCGAUGGAGUGGUGGGAUUCGGUCAUUCUGACCGAUGAUUUGAGUACGGUCGAUGCGCAGGGCAACAUUUCCAUCCGCGAGUCGGCGAUCACCAAUUUAAUCGAGCACCCGACUCAGAUGCGCCCGCCAAACGAAUCGUCCCGGGCCGUCUAUCUGCCAGUGUUUCUCACGAAAAAGGAACGCAAAAAGCUAAGGCGACAGAAUCGGCGGGAGGCGUGGAAGGAGGAGCAGGAGAAGAUCCGGCUCGGGUUAGAACCACCGCCAGAACCGAAGCUCCGUAUCUCGAAUCUGAUGCGCGUACUCGGCACCGAGGCCGUCCAGGACCCGACGAAAAUCGAGGCGCACGUACGUGAACAGAUGGCCAAGCGGCAGAAGGUGCACGAGGAAGCGAAUGCCGCACGGAAGCUGACCGACGAUCAGCGACGGGAGAAAAAGGUGCGCAAGAUGAAGGAGGAUACGACGCUCGGGGUACACGUGUCCGUGUAUCGCAUCCGGGAGCUGCAGGAACUGCAGAGCAAAAAGUUCAAGGUGGAAACGAACGCCAAGCAACUGUUCCUCACCGGCAUCUGUGUGCUGUUCCGCGACUGCUGCGUCGUGGUCGUCGAGGGUGGACCAAAGCAACAGAAAAAGUACCGGCGGCUCAUGAUGCACCGUAUCAAGUGGGAGGAGGACAUGGUGAAGAAUGCGGACGGUGUCGAGAUACCGAACACGUGCGUACUCGUCUGGGAAGGUACCACACAGCGGCGCAACUUUGGCGAGUUCAAGUACAAGUCCUUUCCGCUGGAGAAGAGUGCACGCGAUUUCUUCCAGAAGCACCACGUCGAACACUACUGGGAUCUGGCGUACUCGGGUGCGGUACUCGAGGCGUCCGAGGAUGCCUAAUACCAAGUGGUCGUUCGGAAGGAGGAGAAGAAGGAGAAGAAGGCUCGGAGUGCUGCUGCUGCUGCCGCCGAACCGAAAGGCAAGCAGAGCAUAGGAAAUUUCUUUUGAUUUUUAUUUGUUUUUUUCGGUACUAUUUUCAGUUCUGUGGCACACGAUUUUGAAAGCGGAAAUAAACCAUAACCCGUUUGGCGGUGAAAAAUUU